AUUAACUCCUUUGUAUUCGCAAAACUAGUCAUUUUGUUUCGACAAACAAUGUCGAUUUUUGAGAAAUCUUGGAGGUACAUCAAUGAGGGAAAUGCUCAUAUAGUGAUUGCAAUUCAAGAAGAAAACCCAUGUACGACUUAUGUGGUCCGUCUUAUCAAAGAAGAUGAUGAAACCGGCGAUAUAAAUGAGAUACGAAAGUCACUAGACUUUGUCAAUUUCAUCAUGAACCCUUUGCUAUGCAAUGCAUCUGAUUGCCAACUUGAACUAAUAGAAAUACCUACAGAAGCAUUACCAGUUCUAAUCAAUGAUUUAAGGCCAUUUAGACCGACUGAAAGGUUGUUUAAAUCACACAUAAGUUCUUAUGGUAUUAAGACAAGGAACUUAACAAUUUUGAAUCCAAAUGGUGUUAAUUACUGUAUAGAGAUAAAACCAAAGGAAGGAUUUAUGGCUCGAUGUUUUAAAAGCUACGGAAAAUGCUAUUAUUGUUUAAAACAAUAUUUGAAAAUACAGAAAAGUGAAAUUUCUGACAUCAGUAAAUACUGUCCGCUUGAUUUGUUUUCUGGCAACAAGGACAGAAUGAAAUCUGCCCUGUUUCAUUUGUCAGAAAACCCACAAAACAACUUUAAAAUAUUUAAAAACGGCCAAAUCAUUUUUAAUAUGCCAAACAAAGACCAAUUUAAAGAAAUCAUAAAGAAAAUGCAUAUCUUUAAAUCAACCAAUGCAUUCUUUGGCUUUAUAAUAGAAACUUUACUUUAUGAAAAUAAACAUACUCAAAUAGACAAUGACUCAGAUGACGUCACUUUUACCAAAGACAAUAUAAAUUGCGAUAUUACUUCCAACCUAAAUGAGGAAACAUUAUUGUAUAAAAUACUACGACUGCAAAGGCUAGCGGAGGAACUUACUUUAUCAACAAAAAACUUGAAAUACAUGUCCAUAGACUAUGUAUCAUCAUUAUUAGAACAAAUUGAUCCGGAAAUCAGUCUCCAUUGUGAUGUUGAGCAGCAAAAAUUCCUUGAAAAAAUCGAGCCGUUACAUAAAGCUCUAAUAUCUGCCAUAGCUAAAGACUGCUCCGUAAUGAUAGCUUUUACGCCUCAAUUAAUUGUAGACUACAAAUACUUCAUCCAAGUCGGUGAGAAUAUGAUACCGUUCACGGCAUCCGUGACUGACCUAGAGCCAAAACUGCCAAGGGUUUUGAGAAAAAGGAAGAAAUCGGAAAAGAAACUGAUAAAGAUUUAUGAAGAAUUGUUGAAAAACGAAGGUGAUUCAACCACACUCGGAGACCAGAACUAAACAACUCGAAGCAUGGCAGCACCUCAUAGCGGACUACCUAAAAACCACAAAACAAUCCACCAUAGAUAUCAGAGAAGCUCAGAACAGUCCACUAUUUAACAAUCAAUCUAUCAAC